AUGGCCUGUUGUGUUGUGGCUGCUGGAGUCUAUGUUGCUCUUAAUUCGUUCUACGAUAAAACCAAAUUCGAUGUUUCUUCUAAUGUCGUCAUAGGUCUACCAGAACCUGACCACAAGUUUCCUUACGAAGCAGUUAAGUCAGUGACUAUGGAAGUUUCUGGAAUGACUUGCUCUAGUUGCGUUUCUUCUAUUGAAGAUCGCAUCAAUGCAAUCGCUGGUGUCACUGGAGUCAAAGUAUCACUUCUUCUAGAAACUUGUAUAAUCGCCUAUGAUCCUGGUAUGGUCGCUAACUUGGACGAGUUCAAAGAAGCAAUAGAGGAAAUUGGAUUUGAAGCUUCGUUCGCAAAAGAGAAUAGACAGCAAAAAAGUCAUGAACAAAGGAAACUAGAACUGUUAAAGAAAACCUAUUCAUUCUUUGUAUUGGCAGGAGUUUUAGCUGCAUCUACUUGGGUAUCAAAACUAUUGUCAAGGGUAGCUUUUCUAAUUGAUAUUCGCCCAUUUUUCAUUGUUCUAAGUGUUCUACUAGCCUCGGUGGCUCAGUUUUAUAUUGGUCCCAUUUUCUACAAGCCUACUUGGAAUACGAUCAAAAACAGAAAACCAUUUACAAUGGAUACUCUAGUUGCACUUAGUACGACCCUAACCUAUAUCAUAUCAUUCACCUACGUAGUAGAUUUCUUCCUUGAAACGUCUACCACUUUGAAAGAAGCCUAUUUAGAUAACUUGUGUUUCGAUUUGUCCUCUGGUAUUCUCUUUGUUAUUUUAGGUGGAAAAUACUACGAGAACUUGGGCAAAUUGAAGCUUCUGUCCAACUUGUCUAAUCUCAAGAAGCUUUUACCUGAGUCAGCUCUCAGGGUUAAUGAAGACAAUUCAGUGGUUCAAAUUCCCUGUUCAGUAUUAAAGAAAGGAGAUAUGGUGCUUGUUAGGCCAGGCACAAAAGUGCCUAUAGACGGACAGGUUGUCAAAGGUGCAUCCUUCGUAGACGAAUUGUGUAUAACUGGAGAACCAACUCCAGUGAGAAAAGAACCUAAUAGCAUAGUUAUUGCUGGGACUUACAACAAGACUUCUACUUUAACUGUUAUUACUACUGACGCUGUUCAAGAUUCCAAGCUUGCCCACUUGUUCUCUUUCAUUGGAGAUACUUCUACUACGAAGAGUAGGUUGACAGACUAUAUACAACAAACUGUCAACUUCUUUGUUCCUUCUAUCAUUGUGUUGUCCAUCUUGACCUAUGUAUACUGGAUGUAUGUGUCGGAUGUUGAUUCUCAGUUGCUGGGACUGCAAUACGCCAGACUUAGAGCUCUAGCUGUUGUCACAGUUGCCUGCCCUUGUGCUCUUGGGUUGGCCGUACCUGCCGCAAUAACACAAGGGAUGAAUUAUGCUUCUGUAAAGGGGUGUUAUGUGCGUGGAAGUGGUUUGGAUAUUCUAAUGAGGAUCUCAGGUAUCAAGAAUAGGACAAGAGCUUUUGUAUUGUUCGACAAAACUGGAACACUUACUUCAAGAAACGUUGUCAUAUCUGAUUUCAGAUUCAAGAAAAAAAUGAACAGUAUUCUCUUCUGGAAGUUGAUUAUAGCUGCAGAGAGUUUUGAGGAUCAUCCAAUUGCCUACACCAUUGUUGAAUAUGGUCAGAAGCAAUUGGCCAAACUUGAGGACACCGAAUCAAGUGAUCCGAAUUGCGUGGAAUUUCAGUACAUUCCAGCAAAAGGUAUUGAAUGCCAGGUUACGAAGGAUUCUCGGUCUUAUGAGAUUAAAGUAGGAAAUGCAAAUAUUUUGCCUGACAGUUCAUUAAGAACUUCGAGUGAUUUAUGGUUCCUUGUCGAUGGUGAGGUUAUAGCUGAGUGCAAUCUCAUCAAUCCUAUUCGUCCUGAAUCUGAAGUACUACUCAAAUAUUUAUCGGAAAACAACUUUGAGUAUGGAGUUGUAAGUGGCGACAGAAAUGAAGCCACUGCAAGACUCUGCAAGAAGCUUGGAAUCACGAACUUUUGGGGUGAAUGUACACCAGAAGAUAAAUUCAAAGUAACUAGGCGUAUACAAGAAGAAUACGGAUUGCCGGUAGUAAUGAUAGGAGACGGAAUGAACGAUGCUGCCGCUUUAACGCAGGCUGACUUGGGAGUUUCACUUUCUGCUGCUCACCAGUUGUCGAUUGAUAGCUCUGAAAUUGUUCUCAUGAAUGACGAUCUUCUUUCGCUCAUCGAUUUGCUUCGAAUCAGUGUUCUCACCAAGCUGAAAAUGAUGUUCAACAUUUGGGUUUGUAUUAUCUACAAUAUAGUCAUGGUACCAUUGGCAAUGGGAUUUUUCACUCCAUGGGGAGUAUCGAUUUCGCCCCAAUGGAGCUCUACCCUUAUGUCCUUCAACAGCGUGUUCGUUCUAGUUAAUAGCUUACGUAUUGGUAGGGAAAUGUCGGCUGCAAAAUCAUAG